AUGACGACGGAGCAGACCAAAUUCAGCGUGUUGUGCAGUCUCUUCACGUGGACGCAGCGCAGCAAGUCCGCGGCGAAGAAGCGCGCCAAGUUCCGUAAGUUCCUCGACGCCUUCUGCAUUGACCGCAACUUCUUCCCCGCCGUUCGCCUCAUUCUCCCCAAUCUCGAUCGCGAGCGCGGUUCCUACGGCCUCAAGGAGUCCGUCCUCGCCACCUCCCUCAUCGACGCCCUCGGCAUCUCCCGCGAUUCUCCCGAUGCCCUUCGCCUCGUCAAUUGGCGCAAGGGCGGGGCUGCCACCGGCGCCACCGCUGGGAAUUUCGCCCUCGUCGCCGCUGAGGUGCUGCACCGCAGGCAAGGGACCGCUUCGGGUGGGUUGACAAUAAGGGAGUUGAAUGAGUUGCUUGACCGGUUGGCUUCCGGUGAAAACAGGGCUGAGAAAAUUUUGGUUCUUUCUACCCUUAUCCAAAAGACAAAUGCACAGGAAAUGAAGUGGAUUAUCAUGAUAAUCCUGAAAGAUCUAAAGCUGGGAAUUAGUGAAAAAAGCAUUUUUCAUGAGUUCCACCCUGAUGCAGAAGACUUGUUUAAUGUCACCUGUGACUUAAAAUUAGUAUGUGAAAAGCUUAGGGAUCGGAAUCAACGUCAUAAGCGGCAGGAUAUUGAAGUUGGAAAAGCAGUACGCCCCCAAUUAGCUAAGAGAGUUGCUAAUGCAACUGAAGCAUGGAAGAAGGUUUACUUUGCUAACCCUUUAAUAUCAGUCACUUAUGCCCCGACCAAAGCACUUGUCAUUCAUAUCCCUUUCCAUGGCUACGGGACAUGGAGAUUGAGAACAUAUUGCAAUCUUCAUGGGAAAGAAGUGGUUGUUGAGUGCAAAUUUGAUGGUGACCGAAUUCAAAUUCAUAAAAAUGGAACUGAGAUACAGUUUUUCUCAAGGCAGGGUAUUCUUGUUUCCACCCCACCUUCCCUGAACUUUAUUGAUCAUUCUGAAUAUGCACAUGCAAUGUCAGAAAUCAUAAUACAAAAUGUUCUUGUAGAUAGGUGCAUCCUUGAUGGUGAAAUGUUGGUGUGGGACACAUCCGCAAGACGUUUUGCCGAGUUUGGCUCAAAUCAGGAAAUAGGCAUGUACUUUAAUAUGCCAAGGCAGCAAGAGAUGGACUUGAUAGUGAAAGACAGCGUGAUUCACCAAACGUUGAAGGAACGACAUGAGAUUUUAUGUAAAAUUGUUACGCCAAUGAAGGGACGUUUGGAAAUUUUGGUACCUAAUACUGGUAUCAACAGUCAUCUUUCUUCAGGUGAACCUUGUUGGUCAUUUAUUGCUCAAAAUGUUGAUGAAGUUGAGAGGUUUUUCAAGGAAACCAUUGAAAAUAGAGAUGAGGGAAUUGUUCUAAAAGACCGCAGCUCCAAAUGGGAACCUAGUGAUCGUAGUGGAAAGUGGCUAAAAUUGAAGCCCGAGUACAUUCAAGCUGGCUCUGAUCUCGAUGUACUUAUCAUAGGUGGCUACUAUGGCUCUGGACGACGUGGAGGACAGGUUGCUCAAUUCUUGGUUGGCCUUGCAGAACGUCCAUCCCCAAAUACACACCCGAAGAGAUUUAUCUCCUUUUGCAGAGUUGGCACUGGACUCUCUGAUGAGGAGCUUGAUGUUAUAGUGACCAAACUACAACCUUACUUCAGAAAAUAUGAAUAUCCAAAGAAGAGGCCACCAAGUUUUUAUCAGGUAACUAAUCAUUCAAAAGAAAGACCUGAUGUGUGGGUUGAUAGCCCUGAAAAAUCAAUUAUUCUGUCUAUUACCAGUGAUAUCCGAACUAUAGAAUCUGAGGUGUUUGCUGCACCUUACUGUCUGAGAUUUCCUCGGAUUGAUAGGGUGAGAUAUGACAAAGCAUGGAAUGAAUGCCUUGAUGUUCAAUCAUUUAUAGAACUAGUACAUUCUAGCAAUGGUACCACACAGAGGGAUACAGAAUAUGGCAGCAAGCAGUACAGUAAACCAAAAAGAAUGAAAUCCUCCACUAGGGGAGAGAAGAAAAACAUCUCCAUUUUUACCUUGACAUGUGCAGACUUCGCCAAUGUGCCUCCAUCACAUUCUCUGGAGUCCUUGCACAAAAUAAUUGUUGAGAAUGGGGGAACUUUUUCAAUGAAUUUGAAUAAGUCAGUCACACAUUGUGUCGCUGCAGACAGCAAGGGCUUUAAAUUUGAAGCAGCAAAGCAUCAUGGUGAUAUCAUUCAUUAUGCUUGGGUACUAGAUUGCUAUGAACAAAAGAAACUUGUCUGCUUACAGCCUAAGUAUUUCCUUUUCAUAUCUGAACUGACAAAGAAGAAGUUACAAGAGGAAAUUGAUGAGUUCUCAGACUCUUUCUACUUGGACCUUGAUCUUGAAGACAUCAAGAAGCUCUUAAGCAAUAUUCGUAGGUCUGAAGAUGUCAGCACUGUCGAUCAUUACAGGAAAAAAUACUGCCCAAAGAAUAAGUGGAAAGGAGAUUGGUAUUUUAUAUUGCAACUCUCCUUGAGAAGAUUCAAGCUUGAAGUUCUCAUGGGUGGUGGAAAAGUUACCUCUAGUCUUACUUCUGCAACCCAUUUAGUGAUCUUUCUUGUGCCAGGAUAUCGGAUUGACUUUGAACAAAUACAGAGUAGUUUCACUUCAUUAGAAAGAAAAUUUCUCCAAAGCAAGAGGUUGCAUAUAGUUAAAUCCCAGUGGUUGGAAGAUUGUUCAGACAGCUGUGAAAGAUUACCAGAAGACUCCUACAGUUUGAAACCCUGGGGAAUAGAAGAGUCAACUGCUGAAGCUUGGUGCUUUAAUAUUGAUAUAAUAUACGCGUUCCUCACAAGUGCUGUAACCUGUAACUAUGGUGUUAUGCCAAGGUCUUGGGGGCAUUUGCACUAG